GAGUGUUUGCAGAGCUGCGCGGGCGGUGGCGAAGGAGGAGCCAUCUGCCGGCUGCCCGUAGAACCCGGCAGCACCUGCAGGGGUAGACUGCGCCGCUGGGCGUUCAGCACUGACACCGGCCGAUGCGAGUGGUUCUUCUACACGGGCUGUGACGGCAACGCCAACAAUUUCGAGUCGCGCGCGGAGUGUCAGUCUCGCUGUGGCGGGGACGUUAGCCAAGGCGGCGAGGACCGCGGUCCGCCGGAGUUCUGUCAGCUGCCGCCGCGCCGCCUGCUGGGCUGUCGGCCGUCAGGCGGCGAACAGCGCUUCUACUUCAACCGCGAGCGCCGCUCCUGCGACAGCUUCACCUACCGCGGCUGCGACAGCGGCGACAACAUGUUCCACAGCCGGGAAUCUUGUCUCUCCGUCUGCGCGCCCGGGGAGCGCGGUGAAAGAGAGGACGAAAGACCGCAGUUCUGUCGAGUCCAACCGGAGGAUAUUGCAGGAUGUCGCCCUGGCAGCCGGGAGACCAAGUUCUACUUCAGCGCCACGGCCGGCAGAUGCCGCUCAUUCGAAUCGGUCGGCUGCGAGCGAGGCAGAAACGUGUUCCUGACGCGAAGGGAAUGUGAACAAGCUUGCGGCGACCGCGAUGCCGGUGGUGAAGUUGAAAACCAGCCCCGGCUCUGUCGUGUUGAGCCCGAAGAGGACCCCAACUGCCGCCCUGGUCGCCGCGAGACCAAGUACUACUUCAGCACUGCCGUCGGCAGAUGUCGCUCAUUUGUGUCCGUUGGCUGCGAGCGUGGGAGAAACGUGUUCCUCACCGCUCGGGAAUGCGAGGAGGUGUGCGAGAACCGAGACACAGAUAAUGGUGGCGGCGGUAUCCCGCAGUUUUGCCGCGCAGAACCCGAAGAUGAUCCGAACUGCCUGCCUGGUGACCGCCAGACCAAGUAUUACUUCAGCGCUGCCGUCGGUAGAUGUCGCUCUUUCGUAUCGGUCGACUGCGAGCGGGGCAGAAACGUGUUCUUGACGCGGCGGGAGUGCGAGCAGGCAUGCAGUGGCCGUGACGAAGGUGGUGGUGAGAGGCCCCAGUUCUGCCGUGCCGAGCCCGAGGCCAUCUCCAACUGCCGGCCUGGUGAUCGUGAAACCAAAUACUACUUCAGCGCCGCUGACGGGAGAUGUCGCUCCUUCGUGUCGCUCGGAUGCGAACGAGGCAGGAAUAUGUUCUUCACAAUGCGGGAGUGUAGGGAGGCUUGCGAUGCCAGCGACACGGAAGGUGCUGGCAUGUGCUUGCUGCCGUCUGACCCGGGCCCGUGCGCCGCCUUCGAGACGCGCUGGUACCGAGACCCGGCUUCGGGCACCUGCGAGACCUUCCAGUAUGGCGGCUGCGAGGGCAACAGCAACAACUUCCUGACGCGAGCGGAAUGUUUAGAGCGCUGUCAGAACGACAACCGGGCCGAGAACGAGAUCUGCAACCAGCCGCCGGAGACGAACGACCGCCCGUGCCGGGACGAGGUGACACGCUUCUUCUGGGACCUGGCCAGCGGCGCGUGCCGCUCCUACCGCUACUCGGGCUGCGGCGCCACGGCCAACAACUUCCGCUCGCUGCGGGACUGCAGGACGGCGUGCCGGGGACGGGACUCGGAGGGCGGCCGGCCGCCGACGCAGCAGCGCUGCCUGGAGGCGCCCGAGGAGAAGCCGGCCGACACGUCCAGCUGCGGCCGCCAGCAGAAGCGAUACACGUAUUCGAGUCGUCAGGGAUUCUGCGUUCCGUUCACAUAUACGGGUUGCACUGAAACAGGCAAUAACUUCAUGACCAGGGAGGAGUGCAGGGACACAUGCCAACCGAGAGACCAGUGCACACAGCGGCAGGAGUCGGGCCGCUGCGACGGCCGACUGGCGAGGUUUGCGUACGACCCGGCGGCCAACCGCUGCCGCCGCUUCACCUACUCGGGCUGCGGCGGUAACCAGAACCGGUUCAAGUCGGAGCGCGCAUGCCUGCUGAGCUGCGGCAGCGGCGCCGCCGUCGACAGCCAGGAGGUGUGUCUGCUGCCGCCCGUCGAGGACGGCGCAGUCAACUGCGGGGUCCGCGAGUCCAGGUAUUUUUUCGACUCUGCGUUGGGCCGCUGUGUCUCGUUCACGUUUACGGGAUGCGUGCCGACGGAAAACAACUUUCUGAACCUCGCGGACUGCCAGCAGAUGUGCCAGGCCGAGGAAAUGCCACAGCUCAGUGACAGAGAGGUCUGCGCCCUCGAGCGGGCGCCGGGCUUCUGCCUUGGGCGCUUGCUUCGCUUCUUCUACGACGCCGAGGAGCGUCGCUGCCGGCCGUUCAUGUACACCGGCUGCGACGGCAACGCCAACAGCUUCCUCACCUUCCGCGACUGCAGCACCGCGUGCGCCCCACGCCUGCGCUCCCUCCGGUUGGACGAGUCCACUGUCGUGGCCGAGGUGAAGACGCUCAUGGACAAGAUGGCGGCCAGUGAGAUGGGAGGUUCUAUCACGCCAGAGCCAUGAUCGAUGGUUUGGGGGAGGGAGUGCGCACAAUGCUGUUCUUGUAGGUGAAUGCAGUCUGUUUUAAAGGUGAGGCUCAGAACUGUACCGCAAUGCAUUGUUGCAGCUUUUUGCUUGCAUGGGAAGGACACUGACAAGAGUAUCGAGAGGUUGAUCGUUAUGUAGCUUAUCAUUCCGCUCAAUGAAACUCAUAGAUAUGUGUAAAUGUGUUCAUCCGUGGUUGUGUUCCUGCACAAUCUCAUUGCGUGUGCAUCACCAACAAGGUGUUGUGAAUAAACUUUGGUUAUCUUGCAUCUGGCGCGGUUCGAUCUCUGUUCAUUUCCUCAUCCGCCUCACGUUUGAAGACGCUAACACGCUGCUUGUGAUCCCGAGGCAAUGCGGUGAAAAUGUGCAAGAAGGCCGUGUGUGUUCAUUAUCUAUAUUGUAGGUUUGUCAUGAUAUGUCUUGCCGUGGCCCAGCACCUGCACUUAUCGGAAAAAUAAACGUAUUGCGAAG